AUGAAGCAACAUGUUCUGGCGUCUCUCUUCUGCUUUUGCAGUAUUUUGAUAAUUGGAGCACUGGGAGGGUCUGACACAGCGAACAGAAAGAGACGGGAGUUUAUUGACAGCGGAGCACGCCUUCUUCAGCUGCAAAGCAAGGAAACCACCACCUGUAUGAGGCACUUAGAGGACGACGAGAUACUCGCCACGAUGAAAAGGCGGGAGGGUGUAACAAUGACUACGGUGACGGUAGUGGUCAUCGGGAUGAUGACCGUGGGGAAAUAUGUCGCCAUCAAUUCGAAACCAUCAUUAUUUACACAGCAAGAAGCACCUGGCUCUAAAAAUCUUUUUGACUCGUUCGCAGCUGUCCAUAUUAACAAAACCCCAUUCAUCCAUGGAACUUUCAACUUCCUCGCCUGGCACCGAUACUUCGUCUGGGCAUACGAGAAGGCUCUUAGAGAAGAAUGUGGAUAUCAUGGGGCUAGUCCUUAUUGGGAGUGGGGAUACGAUGUCCAUGAUCCGGAAAAAUCUGCAGUGUUUGACGGUUCGGCCUAUAGCUUGGGGAGUAAUGGUGCUCCAUUAGCAGAUAGGGCACCAACAUACCGUCCGGCUCCUCCUCCGCCCUUGCCACAAACUGAGGGUCACGAUUUUCCGGCUGGAACUGGAGGAGGAUGCGUUAUGUACGGUCCGUUUUCAGACUUAACCACCAAUCUAGGCCCAGUUGCUAUGCCCGGAGGUGACCUAAAUAAUCCAUUGCGAUACAAUCCCAGAUGUUUGAUGCGUGAUAUGAACGCCCUCAUAGGCCAGCACUACACUGCUUUCAACUGGUCGACGUGGACUAUUGAAGAGAGUAAGGACAUAGAUGGGUUUCAAUCUCGUCUCGCUGGGCUACCGGGCAAUCAAGGCUCGAAACAUGAUCCGCUGAAUUUCUUUGGGGUGCAUGGUGGUGGACAUCUCUUUUUGGGUGGGAUGACUGGCCAACAUUCGGAUUUUUAUUCCAGCCCCCAAGAGCCAGCUUUCUUCCUACACCAUGGCCAGAUCGAUCGUCUCUGGUCCAUCUGGCAAUGGCUAGAUAUUAAGGAACGACGGGAUGCAAUUUAUGGCACACUUACGCUAGCCAAUAUACCUCCUACCAGAAAUGGAACUUUAGACGACAUCAUCGACGUGGGUCCGCUUGCACCGCCAGUGUCUGUGCGAGAGGUUAUGAGCACAAUUGAUGGACCGUUUUGUUACUUUUAUGAAUGA